GGUAAUGCUACCUUCCUGCUAGUGGGCUCUCACACAUACACACGCUUCUCCUGUCCACCAUCAAUCCCCCCUAUUUCCAUCACGAUGCAGCUUCCUUUCCAUGCUGACCACAUUGGGUCCUUGAUCCGACCUGCUGCGGUAUCAGAAGCACAAGAGAAGGCAGAUGCGGGGGCUAUCUCUCCCGAAGAGCUCCAGACCGUUCAGAAGGCCGAGAUCGCCACGAUUGUGAAGAAGCAACAAGAGCACAACGUACGGGCACUGUGCUCGGGCGAGUUUGACCGAAAGUACUAUUUCUCAGGCUUCUUCGAGAAGCUCGAUGGCUUCAAAGAGGUCAGCCCCGUGCCAUGGGAGCUUGCUCGACUGUCGGCAGCGCCCAUUGCUGCCUUGAAGAAGGCUGGGAAACAGUAUCCCAUGGCGGCGGUGUGUAAGGGCAAGAUCAAGUACAGCAAGAGCCCAUACCUCGAGAACUGGAAGAUGCUUCGCGAGAAUCUUCCCAAAGACCAAUGGAAGGAGGCCAAGUUCACGAUGCCACCGCCCUGCUACUUCCACUUGCGUCUUGCGCCAGGCAAGUGCUACGAUACGAGUGUGUACCCCUCCGACUCGGCUUUCUUCGACGACCUGGCAGCUGCAUACCGACAAGAGUUCAAGACGCUGUACGAUGAGGGCCUUCGAAACAUCCAGAUUGACGACCCCACAUUGGCAUACUUCUGCUCCGAGGACAUGUUGAAGGGCUUGCGAGAGGAUGGAGAGGAUACGGACAAACUGUUUGAGCUGUACCUCAAGGCGCAUAAUGAUUGCAUCGCCGAUAGACCAGCGGAUCUGCACGUGGGACUACACAUCUGCCGAGGCAACUUCUCCAAGUCGAUGCACUUUAGCGAGGGCUCGUACGAAGUGAUUGCCGAGAAGUUCUUCAAGACGCUCAACUACGACACGUUCUACCUCGAAUACGACAACCCUCGCUCGGGAGGAUUCGAACCGCUCCGCUUCCUGCCCCAGCACAAGAACGUCGUUCUCGGAGUGGUGACGACAAAGGACCCGCAGCUGGAGGAGCGGCAGCUCAUCAAGAGCCGUGUACUCGAGGCAGCAGAAAUCAUCGCCAAGGGUCAGGGACGAAGUGUCGAGCAGGCGAUGGAGAAUGUGGGAAUCAGUCCGCAGUGUGGGUUUGCCAGUGUCGCCAUUGGCGCCGACGGCAUGGAUGAGGAAAAGAUGUUUGCGAAGCUGAAGCUGGUGCAAGAUGUGGCCCACGAGCUGUGGCCGAACCGACCUUGAUGGACGAAGGACGGUACCUACCUCCCUAGGUAGAUAGGAGGUAGGUAGGUAGGUGAGCUCUUGUGCGACACCGACCCGUCCCGCAUGUGAAAAGAAAGCAUGUGAUAGCCGCCGUCCCGAUUCAACUCGGCUGGAUGUUGAUCCAAUCCAGAAGCAGGAUUGACAUGCGUGUGACUAUAGCAGGAUGUAUCCUAUAUGAAUGAAAAGCGUCAUUAUCC